AUGGUGUUUAUACGAGAGAAUUCAUCAUACUGUGAUGGAAUCCUGAUAAAGCCCGACUGGGUGCUAACGGCAGCACAUUGUUCCAUUAGUUUAACAGCCCUCGUUAUCAUAGGAGCUCAUGUGAUUAAUGAUGAAAAAGGAAGACUAAUUAGGAGACUCAAUAGGACAAUCCCACAUGAGCAUUUUAAGAAAAGUACAUUUGACUAUGAUGUUGCGCUUUUAAAGUUAAAAAAAAAAAUAAACCUUACAGACACUGUGAAAAUUCUUGCACUGCCUGAAAACUGUAAAGAGCCAGUUGAGGGAACAGUUUGUGAAGUUGCUGGAUGGGGUUCAACAACAAACCUGAAUAAUAAACCAUCAGACAGACUCAUGGAGGCAAACGUAACCAUACUGGACAGAAAAUCCUGUUCCGAAAGAUGGAAAGGUCGGCAUAACAUAACUGAAAAUAUGAUCUGCACCAGUGAAAAGACGAAAACGGAAACUUGCAAGGGAGAUUCUGGUGGACCACUGAUCUGCAAUGGAGUGCUGAGGGGUGUCAUAUCUUUCGGUAAAGCUGAAUGUGGUGUUCCUGGAAAUGCAGCUGUCUAUUCUUUUUUUUAA